GCCUGUUUAACUUGUGAUAGCCAUUUUUAUCUUUUUAUCCCAUCUCUUUGCGCUUUUUUCUAUUUCCUCCUUUGCCGUGAUAUAUGCCAUUAUUUGUAAUAUAACCGCUUGUAACAAUCUGAUUCAAGCUCUUUACUUUUUUCUUUUGUUUUAAUUUUACUGUUAUGUUCGUACCAAGCAUAAAGACGGGGUUUUCUCAUACAGAGGGAGUUGGGCGUACCUGCAUGAGGAGCACGUGACCCAUGAUUUGGUCCAACGACAGUGGCCCCGCUCUAUGGAAAAAGUGUAUGCAGCCGAAUCUAUGACAGCGUUGAUCAUGGUAUGGAUUCUCGCCGUGCUUUCUCUCCGUUGUCGCACCAGGAUGCAAGCGACCAUCGCCUGUAUUCACAGGAAUCCGAUCCUGAUGAGCCGCAUCACCCACAGCCAUUAACGGAGAAACAGUCAUCAACUAUUUACGACGAAUUUAACCAACUGGAACAGUCGGUCAUGGCCGAUUUCCAACGCUACUUGACCGACGUUCAGGAGCAUCUUUCCCUCGACAAGGCAGCGAGCCAUGACGGCGAAGAAUCUGUCUUGUCGCAUUUAGAACCCGUUCCUUUUGUGACUGACAUUGAACCCCCUUUUGAUGUCGCCAACACGCGCGAUCCCCUGGACGCAUCGGUCCAUUCAGAAUACGACAUUCUGGAAGGCGGUCCUCGCGAUCAUUUGAGCGAUUCAUGGCAAAAUAUUGAAGAGCAGCAGCGCCACGUUGGAGACGAACAGAGUGAAGCGUCCGCAUCAGACAAUCAGUGGCGACAGCAGAGCACGUCACCGGGACAGUAUUUUCGGGCCCGCUCGCUCCCCUUUGAAAGCGUGGAUCAUGUCUGGCAGCAUCGCAAGCCUUCCUUUGCGACGCACUCUGCACGAUCGAGCAGCUAUAACCGAAUUUUACCCCAGCACGCUGAACAACCAUCCAAUGUCGCUUCAAUCACAGAUGAUCCCUUAGCCCAUGUAUUCAAAGCAUUACCAUCGUCUCUGCAAAGCAACCACCAUAUCUGCGAUGAUUACUUAAGCGCGAUCCUUUCCGCCCUGACUUUAUCACCCACCUCCAAGCCCACCAUCAAACAGGAUGACCUUUUGCAUGCCAAAGAAAAGACAACAAUCCAAACAUCGGACGCCGACAUUGCAACUCGUGUGCCUCGAGAAAAUGAUGCAGCGAAUAAUAGGUCUGCUUCACCGCAAGUCCAUCCUCUCUAUGAAGUGUACCCAAAACAUCUCACUUUUCAUGACUCCACCUCAUCCUCUUCAUCCCAGUCUCAGGGCAAUCUCGUGCAAUUAAACCUUCGUAAUUUAUCGCCGCACGAGCCGCUCGAGUUCUCCCUCUUCUGCGCCCACAGCAAAGUGACAUUUCAAGCGCAGCAAGGCAUCGUUGAAGCAGAUACCUCUGUCAAUGUGGCUGUAACAUAUCAUGGUCGACGAUCCUUCACCCUACCCGAUAUGUCAUCUUGCCAUGAUACCAUUCUUUUGCUGAUCAAUCAGGAACACAGCAACCAGUUGCCUGUGGAGAUCGUGAACUCGGCCAAUGAAGAUACACAAGCCGACACUGCAUCCUUGACAGCUUUAUCAACACCAGUCGUUCAAAAAGUCUCGGAUUCGUCCAAUCGAUGUAAACCGGGUCGUCCACCCUGUCGAUUUUGCCUUCUUGCGCAAUACUAUCCCGCUAGAUAAAUACAUAAAGAGAACAAAAUUCAUGUCUCCCUCCAAUCAAUCGAUUGCGCAAUACUUUUCUUUGUUUGGUUGUUUAUUAUUAUUUGUGACGGAUCCA